AUUUAUGUUCCCACCCUCAAAUUUCUUCAAAAACUUCCAAAACCCACCCACCUUCCUCUCAGAUCUUCGAAACCCAUCUUUUACUUUAUCCUUCUUCUCCUCGUCGUUGUUCUGGUUUUGCAGAGGAGAGCAGGGGCAAAAAUGGCAGACUGGGGUCCGGUGGUGAUAGCGGUGAUGCUGUUUGUGCUAUUGACACCCGGGCUUUUGUUUCAGAUACCCGGACAUGGGAGGUUGGUGGAGUUCGGGAACAUGGAGACCAGCGGCGCUUCCAUUCUGGUACACGCAGUCAUCUACUUUGGCCUCAUCACCAUCUUCCUUAUUGCCAUUGGAGUUCACAUCUAUACUGAUGCUGAUUAAGCUGUUUUUUUUAAAAAAAUUUAUUUAUUUGUAUGAGUGAGUGAUUAGAUUAAUAAAGUGUGUGCACUCAAUUAUAAUUUUAAUCUUGUAUUAAUUGUGUAAUUAGCUUGUCUAUUAUAAUCUAUGGUUGAUUUGGUAUUGAUCUUGUUUCUUUGUA